UCCUAGGGUGAUGGCACCAGUAAUCGACAUGUACCCAGUGAUCGACAUCUAACCUAGUCUUAAGGAAAAAAUAAGAGUUAUAUUUUGAUUUCCCGUCAUGGCAACACUUAAUCAUAGACAACAGGACUCCCUCUGUCGUCACAAAACAGAACUUUGGGCUCGGCCAUUUGUUUUCAAAAUGGCGAGCUAAAUAUUACUGUCACCGUUUGUGUUCCUUAGCUAAUCCGAUUUUAUUAGCGAAAUCCAUAACAAGAUGGCACCCAGAAAAAAUUAUACGUCCGAGCAAAUGGCUAAAGCUGUUGAUGCUGUCCGCAAAGGCGAAAAAGUUGCCGUUGCAGCUCGAAGAUUUGGCGUGCCCAGAAUCACACUGCACGAUAAGUUAUCUGGAAAAACUCAAAUUAACUGUACAAUGGGGCCCAGCACAGUGCUUUCAAAAAUGCAUGAAGAAAUUUUAGAAAAAUGGUUGAUAACAAUGCCACUAAAACGCUUUCCGAUUUGUAGAGACUCCUUACUAGAUAGUGUCCAGAAAAUUAUAAUAGAUCAAAAAAUUCCCAAUCCAUUCACAGAUAAUAGACCUGGAAAGAAAUGGUAUCAUGCUUUUUUAAAAAGGCACCCUAAUUUGGCGGAAAAAAUACCUGAGAAUUUGUCAAUUGCUCGUGAUAAUGUCUCGGAAAAAGAUAUAAGAAAUUGGUUUCAAGAAGUUGAAAGUUACUUAGAAGAAAAAAAUCUAAAGGAUAUUUUAAAAGAUCCUAACAGAAUUUUUAAUGCGGAUGAAAGUGCAUUUUUUUUAUCACCGAAACCAGGCCCUGUUCUUGCACAGAAAGGUCAAAAACAUUUGUAUACUUCAUGCGGUGAUGACAAAGAAAACCUAACGGUUUUGUUUACUGGCAAUGCUGCUGGCAAAUCAAAUCAAAGCAAAUCUGGGCCAAAACGUUAAAAAAGAAAAUUUUGCUCCACUGCUGAAAAAAGCUAUAGAAAAAUUAACUCCUGAUUGCAUUAAAAACGGAUUCAGGGCCGGAGGCUUGUUUCCAUUUGGUCCCGAUUAUAUCGAUAUGUCCAAAAUCAAAAACAGAGAAGAAGCUUCAGUUAUUCAGUCCAAUCCAGCAUUAACAGAAUUUGUUAAAUAUUUAGAAAAAGAGAUAAUUGGUGUUUUUUCAGAAGAGAAGUUAGCUAUGUUUCAGAAUCUGUUCUAUAAAAAAAGAGACACAGUUGAAAGUGACCUUCCCGAGGAAGACACCGCUUUGUACGUUAUAUGGGCCAAGAACAAAUCUAAAUGCUACUCUGACGACUGUGCAAGUUCAUGCAACAUCCUGCCGACAUCUGAAGUUAUUGAGUCACAUUCGCCAUCAACCCUGGAACCGAUUAAUAUUUCAAUGGAUAUUAUAGACCAUGUAUCUCACUCCGAGACGGUAGUGGCUGAAAAAGAAGUUAUAGACUUCGGAAACUCUUUAACACCUCAAAAUUAUUCUUUAGCCUCAGUUGAAGAUAUAAGAGAACAAUCACCUAUUAUUGUUGACAGCGGUUUUGGAGGGGUUAAUCAAAAUCUUGAAGUUGAAGAUUUUAAUACAUUGCAGAGAGUUGUUGAGUGUACGCCCAAAAAGAUAUCUACAAUUACUCAUCCUCCGUCACCAUCAAUACUUCAGCUUCCCAGUGAUCCAGCUGUUACUGAAAGCAAUGGCAUACCCCAACCUGAAAUAAUAACGACGGCAAACAGUCAGUGGGCAGUAGACAACACAAUCACGUCGAGCAUUGUUCCCGAAAAUAGAUCACCUUUUUUGACUCCAGACAGACCAACACGCGCACCUAUUUCAAGAACUAUUCAUACAGAUAAAAUAGCACCCACAAAAAAAACGAUGGAUGAUGCAUUAGGUAUUAUAGUACCAUCACCUUUUAAAAAGUUUCUUUUUUGGCCGGAAGACGAUAUAAAUAAAAAGAAAAAAAGAAUAAAGAGAGAAAAAAUACCAGCAGCAGUAACAAGCAAGGCAUGGCGCGAAUACCAUGAAAAAAAAGAAAAUGAGAAAAAAAGGCAACAAAAAGAAAAAGAAGAACGAGCGAGAAAACGACAAGAAAAAAAGGAGUUGAAAGAAAACAAUGCAGAAAAGAAAAAGAAAACCAUUUCUAAAAAAAAUAAAAAGAAGAUACCCCGAAUUGAAUCAUCUUCAGAAGAGUCAAGUUUAGAGAUUGAGUUUGCUGAAAGUGAUUGCAGCUAUGCUGAAGAUAAUAUUUCGGAAGAUAACGACAGAGAAAAUAUAAUCAACAAAAUCAGUAAAUCAGUUAACAGUGAAAGAAAACCAUUAAAACGUAAAAAACCUGUGUCUCCCACCACCACUGACUCUGAUUUUGACAUAGAUGCCUCAUGCUCACUUGGCACACUUACUACUAAGAAGAAAGUAAGUAAAACUAGACAAACAAAUAAAAUUACUUCAGGAUGUUACGUAAUAGUAACGUACGAAAAUAAAUACUUUCCCGGGAAGGUAGAAAAGGUAGAGAAUAAUCUAUUCGAAGUCAGUGCAAUGGUUUUGUCAAUGGGCAACACCUUUAGAUGGCCUGAAAAACCAGAUAAAAUAUGGUACAGAUUUGAUCAAAUAAUUGAGGAAAUUGAUACACCCGUGCGUCUCAACAAUAGAGGGUUUUAUAAAAUCAAAGAAAUGCAAAAGUAUUUACCUGACAUAUAUAAUUAAGGAUCUCAGUAAAAAUAUGUGAUAUAUAAAUAUAUAUAUAAUAUAAAAUUUGGUAAAACGUUAGGUAUAUAUAUACUUACUUGGAUAAAAUAUGUGAUCGUUUUAUAGAACUUAGUUGCUCACUCACUUGUUUGUUCCUAACAGAGAUAUACAUAUUUAUUUAAAGGUAAGAGUCACUAGUUCUUCACUUAAUUCUUUUUCUACUUAAUAUAUAUUUUAUAUAGGUAGUAUUUUAAGGUUAACGUCAGACUGAUUAGUAAGUUCUACAAAAGAAACAUUAUUUAAAUUACGAAGAUCUCCUUAGAUUACAGUUAAUGUUAACAUAGAUAUUAUGAGUCAUUUUGAUUUAUAUUUUUUAUAAUUGCAAAAUGCAAUACAGUAGGUUGAACAUCUGCUAUCUACCUUCAUUAUUGUUCCGUAGGUUACGGAUUUUUAUGGUUAAAGUAAUUUGUAAGCAUUGGUGCUACACGCUACAUGUUUAACUUGAAGAAGAAUUAGAUUGAUAUUUUUGAGAAACAGUAGUUAGGUAUAUUGAAAUUAUUCAGAAUUCUAUAAAUGUUAUAAACAUCAACGUUAAAAAAGUUCGUUACUUAUUUAUUUGUAAGUAGUUUAAGUUGUCAGACUGAAUUUUAAUUUUGUAGCAUUUGUACGCAUUUCUGAUAUUUGUAAUUUUAAGUUGUAAGACUGAUUAUUAAAUUUUGUAAUAAUUUGUACGCAUUUGUGAUAUUAGGACGCAUUAUGUGAAAUAAAUACUUAACUAAAUAUUUUACUGUCUUUAAUUACUGGUUUUUCCUAUUUUUACGACAUCAUUGUCGAUAACAGGAUGUUGAUAACUGGGUAGGUGUCGAUAAGUGGUAGUCGAUCGUUGGAUUUUGAAUGUCGAUAACUGGA